CCGAAUUCUAUGGAAUUGGUCUACUGCUGAAAACAUACCCCCGAAAGAGGUCCGAUGACGUCACACAUCGCAUUGACUCAAUGAAGGGAAGAUCGACGUACAUACUUAAGAUACCCCUCAUUGACCCAAUCGUACGGAAUUUCAUCAAGAUCAUUUCGCUCCGCGGACAAACGUUCAAAUUAAAAUGGCACCUCCACGCAAAGCUCUCAUUGCCAUCACAUCGGCGCAUGCCCCCCUGUAUCCCGAGGGAAAGGAAACUGGAUUGUUCAUUACCGAAGCUCUCCACCCCUUCAACGUCUUCAAAGCCGCUGGAUUCGAUGUCGAUCUCGUCUCAGAGACCGGCACAUACCAGCCAGACUGGCUGAGCCAGCAGAAAGACUGGCUUCCGGAGGAAGACCGCAAAGUCUACGAAGACCACAGCAGCGAGUUCCGCACUAAGCUCGACAAACUCCUCAAACCAUCUGAUAUCAGCUCGAAAGACUACGGUCUCUUCUUUGCUUCAGCUGGUCACGCAUCUCUCAUCGACUACCCUGAGGCUACGGGUCUGCAAUCUCUCGCAGCUGACAUCUAUGCCAAAAACACCGGCAUCUUGUCCGCCGUCUGCCAUGGAGGAGCUAUUUUCCCCGGUGUCCUGGACCCCGAGACCAAGAAGCCUAUCAUCUCCGGUAAGCGCGUGACUGGCUUCACCACUCGGGGUGAGGAGGAGGAAGGCGUACUUGACACAAUCAAGAGCUGGAACAGACCCACUAUCGAAGCUAGUGCAGCGGAUGCUGGUGCACAGUAUAUUAGCCCACCAGGUCCUUGGGAUAGCUUCGCAAUCACGGAUGGACGCGUCGUGACUGGAGCAAAUCCUGCCAGUGCGCAUAAGACGGCCGAGGAGGCGGUCAAGGCUUUCGAUGCAUUGUAAAUAAUUGAGCUUGAUGAACAUAGACGGUGGCAAAUGUGAAGACACCAAAGGCUAGAUCGAUAUCUUCUUCUACCAUGAUUCUGACGAUAGUUGCAGUGAGAUACAAGAGGGUAUUUUUAGCUAAAACUGCAGUGUGGUCGUCAGACCCUGGGUUUUCAUCUGGCCUGUUCCAGCCACCUAUGCCUAAAUCUUAAAUGAUAAGCUAUGAACCUGCAUGGUGAAAUACGACAUACUUUCCAUCACAAGAGAUCUCACUGCCAUCUGAAUGCGUCGCCAGGUAGUAAGAAAUUUGCGUCCUCGAAAGUGAUAACUCGAUCCAU